AUGAGUGAUGAGGAGAUCACUUACUCAACUGUGAGAUUUGGAAAGUCUUCAGAAUUGCAGACCCGAGGAAGGCAUGAUGAGACGCAAGGGCCAAGACGAACUCUACACAGAGUAUCUCUGGGAAUACUUUGUUCCCUUCUGGUGGCUGUCGCAGUGUUGGUGGCAUAUGCUUCUCAGUAUAGUGGAAACCAACAUGCACUGCAGAAAACUCUAAACAACCUCAUUCAACAGUACCACACCCUGCAAAAGAAUAACUCCCUAAUGAAAGAGAUGCUGAGUAAUAAGUCUAAAGAGCUUGAUGACCUCAAACAUCAGAAGAAACUUGAUUCCUCCAACAGAGAACAGAACAGAUUCUGUGGGGAAACAAAAGUUUUAGAUUUCAUACAGUUCACAGGCAAAUAUGUUGACAGAUACUGGUUAUGUUCUGGAAUAAAAUGUUAUUUCAUGAUGGACAAUACACACUGGAGUGGAUGUAAACGGACUUGCCGGGACUGCAGCUUGUCACUUUUGAAGAUAGACAAUGAGGAUGAACUGAAGUUCCUUCAGGUCAAAAUUGAUCCAAACACUUACUGGAUUGGACUAUCGUAUGAUGCAACAAAAAGCAAAAAAUGGCAAUGGACUGAUGAAGAGCCACCUUACCUUGAUUUGACAACAGUGAAAUCGUUACAGGAACGUAUAGGCUGUGCAUUUCUCAGUUAUAAAGGAAUAAAUACCGAUGACUGUGGUAAAAAGUACCCCUGCAUCUGUGAAAGGAGAAUGGAUAAAUUCCCUCAUCCAGUGUGCAGUAUGGAGGAAAAGUAUAAAUAG